AUGGUGGAGGCGGGCGUAACUGAGAGUCGUGGUGGCGUGCGCUUUGAGGUGGGGCCGAUUGCUGCAGUCGUGACGCGUCUAGCAACUGGACUUUCAGCUGCAGUGAGGUUCGAGUUGGAAGACUUUUGUUACGGACCACGUGCCAAGUGUCUGGGCACUGCCAGACCGUCGAUAGGUGGGAAGUACUCGGGUGCUGGAUGCAGACCGCUCCGGUUGCUCAAGGCAGCUUUACUCAGUCCUGGAGCGGAGACUGGUAGUGGAAUGACGUCAAGCACGAACAAUGUAGGCACGGAAUGA